GACGUAAGCAGUUUGCCGCGCAGUGAUGAUGGCGGUGCGUGAACGCGCAGUGAAAGUAAUGGCUGCUCUCGAUCGGCGGGUGCCUAGCUUCGAUGAUUUCGUGGGUCAAAGUUGGACUGCUUGGACCGAGUGGUCCGGUGUGACAGCACCUGAUGGAGCUGGUGUGGAUGACUGCAAUAAAAAUGGCAAAAAGGCUGCAGAGGCAAUGUCACUCAGCAGGGAGGACAUGUCAAUCUUUGGUCUGUACCCUGGCUAUGACGACUUCUACCUUGUGGUGUGUAGCCACUGUGGUCAAGUAGUGAAGCCACAGGCAUUCGAGAAGCACUGCGAAAGGAGACAUGGUCCUCUGGCCAAACUUUAUGCCCGAAUACGUUCUCCGGCUCCCCAACCCCAGCAGAGGACCCAUCACAGCCAUUCUCCUUCUCAGGGGACCAAUUCCAUUCCCGCUUCAGCAUGGGAUGGUCGAGGCCAAGGCAGCGGGUCAGUAAAACCGCCCCCACAAGCCCCUUCGACACCACCUCAGCACAGACCCCCCAAAAACACAAAGGAAGGAGUAAGUAGACAUUCCCCACUGGAAAAAUCAUCCCAUGGCAGCCACACAGAUUCAUCAGUAUUCAAGCAGCCGCCACCUCUGGAGCCUCCGAUUAGCUCACCACCCUCAAUCCUCAGAGACCCCCCAUGGCCACACGGAGGCACCCCACCUGCUCGGCCUUCACCCACUGAAAGGUCCCCAACCCAAAGGAAGGAUUCUUCUCCAGGCUCUGUGGUCCAAAGCCACCGUAUUCCCAAGCCAUAUAACAAAGUGGCCUCCAAAAGAGAGUGUGACUUGGACAAACACUGUGGUGUCCUCGAUCCUGACAGGAAGAAAGUCUGCACUCGCCUCUUGACAUGCAAUAUCCAUUCCAUCCACCAGCGUAGGAAGGUGUUGGGUCGCAGUAAGAAGUUUGACCAGUUAGUGGCUGAACUCAAGACGAAGGUUCGUGAGAAGGGGGCACAAUCGCUGGAGGGAGGUUCCUCUUCUGGACGGUCCCCCAGCCCAGAGGCACUCAGAGAACAAGAUGGUGCUCCACACUGCCGGAGAUUUUUGGCCAGCCUCCCUGCCUUCAGUCGCUCCACGGCUAAUUCAGAGGGCACCCCAGAUAAUGAUGGGCAGUUGCAGGAUGAGGGAAGCCUCAGAGUUCCAUCCCCUCUUGUCCAUGGAACAAUUUCCAGUGAUGAAAGUGAAACCGAAGGAGCAGAGGACCCUGUUGAGUUCCCAUCUUCUGCUGCGCACCCAAGACCAAUAGCAAUGUGUUCAUUUGGUGGUAUUGUGUUGGGCCAUGGCAUCUACACUUUUGACAGAAGGCUUCACCACCUGAGGUCGGCUUUUAGCAGCAUGCUGGAGCAGCACAUUAGCGCCCAUCUUUGGAAGAAAAUACCUCAAGCUACCAACCACCAGUGUCCAGCUCCCUCAGCCAAGAUUGUUCCCUCGUCGUCUCCCACCUCAAUAAGCUGUGCAUCCUCCACUAAAGUACGAUCGGCUGGUCAUAUGAAGGCCUCCCUCAAAACUGUGUCGUCGUGCUCUUCUUCCAGUCGUGGGCCGGGGAGACACUCAGCAACCAUACCAUCAGAGAACACCGGGCGCAGUGGUGGUGACAUAGGAGGCAGUCACGUGCCGUCUCCAGGUAAUACUGUGGGCAUGCAUCACGCAGGUCUGGGACGGCCCAAGAACCCAGUCGGGCGUCCCAGCAAGCAGAUGCUGAGAUUGCGAGAAGACGCGGCGACGGCUGCUGCCGUCCGCAAACGAAAAGCCCCGUCCCAGGAAGGGGAGCAUUCAGGCCCUAACAGGAACUGCAUUUCCUUACAAGACCGGGGCCGCCCGCCCUCCAUAGCCUCUUCCCACUUUGCCACCCCGAAAGCGCCCAUUCUCUCACCUCUUUCCCACGGACAGACCAAUGGCACGCUCUCACCAGGGAGCAAACCCCGCCCACAGCCCUCUCCAACAGAAUCACACUCACCGGCUGCAAAGACAGUCUGGACCUACAGACGAACUCAUCCUACGUUGGCUCAUUCAUCACUCACAGAGACUUCUUCCAGUAACAAUUCCUACUGUCGGAAUACUGUCGGGGACUCAGGACUGCUUGGGCAGGGCAGUGGGCGGGCAUUCGAGCACCAGGGUUUGAUCAAAAAACGUAAAGGGGUUGGCCUUGAGGAGCACUCGCCCUCAGCACACCGCCUGCUCCCCUCCUCCUCCUCUUCGUCUUCCUCCUCAUCCACUCCUGACUCCUCUUCUCCUCGCUCAAACUUUUACCCAUGGAAGGACAGUAAGAGUGGAGGCCUGGCUGGGGGCAUGGAGAAGAAGCUGGCCACCCAAAAGCCAAAACUGCACCAUUAAUUGUGCCUGCCUUCAAGUCACAAGAGGGAGCCAGCUUGACUUGAUCCAAGACUUGGGCAACAGGAUUGUGCAUGUGCACUUGCGCACUUUGUACAUGUGAGCUGGUGCUGUACGCAUCCUUUGACGGGAAUAGACUUGAGUCUCAAUGUGUCUUUGCUAUCAUCUGAAUGAACGUCUAAGGGUGAAGGGGUAAAAGAUUUUAAAUGGAUGGCUGUGGACUUCAAAUACCUCAAGAUCAUCCGCUGCUGCUAAUUUAAAUAUGUUGGUUUAUUAAAGAAAAAAAUUAAACGUCUCUUUUACACGUU